UGAUUGCAUUGUCUACAGUGUUUGAUUUUAGCUACCGUUUGGACUACUUGGUCUAGCAACAAGCUUUAGUAAUAUAUUUCAUGUUGGCAGAUCGUCGUCAUGCUACUUGGACUUAGAUGCUGUCAUUUUCAUAACGUAAAUCAGUGCACGACCAGCAGUUUUAUGAGGGACAACGACACCCUAACUACCACAUUUGCAGCAUUGAUUUUUAUUAGUCAAUGGUAAGCAGCUCUUUAGUUUAACUUUCUCAUAUUUCUU